CAUAAAUACGUUAAAAAGCAAACAUGAAGAAGAAAGCUUUGUCUAUUUUGAUGCGCGCCAGAAUGAGGCCCAACGAUCGUACCAACCUUUCUCUAUCUCCUCUCCCUCUAAUUAACGUGGCGAAUCAAAUGAAGCAGCAGAAUUCCCAGAAAAACGAAUCGCCGGAAGAAGGAAAUUCAGUGCUUAAUGACUCCGGCAACACCGAGAGGGAGUUUAAGCGUGUCCGUGACUCAAUGCAUUCUGCCAUAUCAAUGAACAAAACGGAAGUUCUGGAUGACGUGCUUAAUAACUUCUCGGAGGGAUAUUUUAGCCUUUCACAUGAAAACCGUCGCAAGUUGCUCCUUGUCCUUGCUAGAGAGUAUGAUCUCAAUAGAUCACAAGUUCGCGAACUGUUAAAACAGUACCUUGGACUUGAACUUCCUGCUGACAAAGCUCAGGUGAAUGGCUCCGAAGAAGAAGGCUUGUUUUCUUCUUUCUAUCGCAUUGAGUGGAAUUUGAGGCAUGCCCUUCAGCCAGUUUAUGAAGUUCUCUUUGAGCGUCUUAACACUCAUCCUGGAGGGUUGAGGUUCUUAUCCAUUCUUCGAGCAGAUAUCCUAUCUAUUCUCGCAGAGGAAAAUAUUGCAUCUUUGAGAGCAUUGGAUUCUUAUUUAAAGGAAAAGCUUAAUACGUGGCUUAGUCCUGCUGCCUUAGAGCUUCACCAAAUUACGUGGGAUGAUCCUGCAUCUCUGCUGGAGAAAAUUGUUGCUUAUGAAGCGGUGCACCCUAUUAGCAACCUUCUAGAUCUUAAGAGAAGGCUGGGAAUUGGCCGUCGUUGUUUUGGAUAUUUACAUCCAUCAAUUCCUGGUGAACCCCUAAUUUUCAUUGAAGUCGCACUACUGAAGAAUGUGGCUCAGACUAUACAGGAAGUUUUGUGGGAUAGUCCUCCUAUACCUGAAAGUGAGGCAACAUGUGCAUUGUUCUACUCUAUAUCAUCAACUCAGCCUGGCUUAUCAGGGAUCAACUUAGGAAAGUUUCUUAUCAAACGUGUCGUAAAACUGGUGAAAAGAGAGAUGCCACAUAUUUCUACCUUUGCAACUCUCAGUCCCAUCCCAGGAUUCAUGCCGUGGCUCUUAUCCAAGUUGGCAUCUCAAGCAGUGCUUGCUGAAGGAGACAUGUCACAGCCACUGGAUGAGGGACCCAGUUCCACUUUCUGUGAGAACAUACUUAAACCAGAAGAAGAAGAAGCAGUUAUGAGUUUACCUAAGGAUAUUGCCCCUGGAAAAGACGGAAUGGAAGUUAUCUUCAACUUGCUUACUUCUACAUCCUAUAAGUGGAUCCAUUCGCCAGAGCUUCUGUCAGCAUUAAAACCCCCUUUGAUGCGUUUAUGCACCAGAUACCUUCUGCAAGAAAAGAAAAGAGGAAAAGCUUUGGACUCCGUAGCAAAUUUUCACUUGCAAAAUGGAGCGAUGAUUGAAAGAAUAAACUGGAUGGCAGACCGAUCAGAAAAAGGCCUUUCUCAAAGUGGAGGCAUCAUGGUGAACUAUGUCUAUAGUCUGGAGCACAUAGAAGAAUAUGCUCAUUCAUACUUCAGCAAUGGCGAAAUUCAUGCUUCAAGUGAUCUCCAUCGCUGUGUUGGGAGAAUAAAAGGCAGCUGAUUGCAUAUUUAAUCCAACUCUUGGUGAAAUAUGAUAGGAGACAACUUGCUAAAUUGCCCUGCGUUAUUUGGUCGUAGAUGAUGGAGAGGAUACUCUUGCACGACAUAGGAGAAAAGCUAUGAUGAGUAGUUUAUGCUUGGUAAACCUCAAGCUAUACAAUAUGAUGUAUAUUUGUAGUACUAUCUUAACAUCAUACUCUUUAGCGAAGAGUGAGAUACUGUUACUGAAGUUUAAUUGAGUUUUGGUUGG